AUGGCGGCGGCGCCGGGCCCGGCGGGGCGCACACCGGCGGGCGGGGGCGGGGCGGGGGGGGGGCCCCCGAGGGGGACCCCGGAACCGGGGGGCGUCCCGGAACUGGGGGGAGUCCCGGCAGGGGUCCCGGGCCGCCCCCUCCGCACCGCGGCUCCGCUCAGCUCCGACUUCUUCCGCGAGCUGGGGCAGAGCCUGGAGCGCGUGGCCCAGACCCUGAGGGAUCAGCUGCCGGCCCCGGGGAGCGCCGGGCGCGGCUGGAUCCCCCCGGGCACCCACCCCGACCCCCGGCCCCCCGACGAGGCCGACGUGGUGGUGGUGGGGGGCGGCGUGGUGGGCUGGUCCGUGGCGUACUGGCUGAAGGUGCUGGAGGGCCGGCGGCGGCACGGAAUGAGGGUGCUCGUGGUGGAGCGGGACCCCAUGUAUUCCAGAGCCUCCACAGUGCUGUCGGCAGGAGGGAUCCGGCAGCAGUUUUCCCUCAAGGAAAAUAUCCAAAUGUCGCGUUUCUCUGCCAGCUUCCUCCGCGACAUCAACAACUACCUUGGGGUGCCGAAUGAGCCCCCCAUCGACAUCCAGUUCCGGCCUGGGGGAUACCUGUUCCUCGCAUCCCCCCAGAACGCUGCUGCCCUGGAGGCCACCGUCCAGUUCCAGAGGGAUGAAGGGGCGCAGGUGACCUUGCUGUCCCCCACCCAGCUGAAGGAGAAAUUCCCCUGGAUGAACACGGAGGACGUGGCUGUGGCGUCCUAUGGUCUGGAGAAUGAAGGCUGGUUUGACCCCUGGACCCUCCUCAACGCUUUUCGGCGCAAAGCUACAUCCCUGGGAGUCCAGAGCUGCUCCGGGGAGGUGCGAGCUUUUGUCACCUCGACCAACCACAUGAUGUCGUCAGCGCCGCCGUCUGCGCGCAUCAAAUACGUCCACGUCCACAUGGCAGACAGCCUGGAGUACCAGCCGGUCGCCUGUGCCAUCGUGGUCAACGCCGCGGGCGCCUGGGCUGGCAAGCUGCUGGAGGCAGAGGGGCUGCCCAGGGGGCUGUGCCGGCCCCCGCUGCCCAUCCAGCCCAGGAAGAGGUAUGUGUUCACCUGGCACUGCCCCAAUGGCCCUGGCCUCUCCAGCCCCUUCCUCAUCGACACCUCUGGCGCUUAUUUCCGUCCGGACGGUGCUGCCGGGAACUACCUGGGCGGGAUGAGCCCCCCCGAGGAGGAAGAGCCGGAUCCCAGCGAUCUCUCGGUGGACCACGAUUAUUUCCAGGAGCAGAUCUGGCCCCGGCUGGCUCAGCGGGUCCCGGCCUUUGAAUCCCUGCGGGUCCGGGGGGCUUGGGCGGGAUACUACGACUACAACGCCUUCGACCGGAACGGGGUGCUGGGCCCGCACCCCCGGCUGGAAAACCUGUUUUUAGCCGCGGGGUUCAGCGGCCACGGGCUCCAGCACGCGCCGGCCGCUGGCAGGGCCGUGGCCGAGCUGGUGAUCAAGGGCCGCUACGAGACCCUGGAUCUGCGGAGGCUGGGCUGGGACAGGCUGGUGGAUGGGGAGCCGCUGGAGGAGCACGGCGUGGUUUGAUGGGGGCGGGGAGGGGGAAACUGAGGCACGGCCAUGGACCCCCUCCCCAGGCCAGAGGUGGUGUCCUGUAGGAAUAAAAUUAAUAUAUGGA